GGCUGUAAAAAUAAGUCGGUAAGCCAGCUGCUUUUCCGGUGCGAGACGACUUGACAGCUCGAGUGAACGGACGGCUCAGGAUUUCGGAACUAGGCGAGAAAUCCUGUCAAAGAAUAUGAAGAAAAACAGAGAAAGAUUCUGCAAUCGAGAGAGAGAAUUUGUGUAUGAAUUUAAAGUAGGAAGUCAGUGCUUAGAACUGAGAGUGCCACUCAGAUUUCCUGUUCAAGAGAAUGCCAGUCAUUUGCAUGGACGUCUGAUGCAGCUGCACAAUUUACCGUGCUUUUAUAGAAAAAGACUUAAAAGAAGCUCUAACUCAGUUUAUAGAAGAGGAAUCCCUCAGAGAUUAUGAUAGAGAUGCCGAAGCAUCCCUGGAAGCUGUGAAAUCAGGUGAAGUAGAUUUACAUCAGCUGGCGAGUACAUGGGCCAAAGCUUAUGCAGAGACUACAUUAGAGCAUGCAAGGCCUGAAGAACCCAGCUGGGAUGAAGAUUUUGCAGAUGUUUACCAUGACUUAAUUCAUUCUCCUGCCUCUGAAACUCUCUUAAAUUUGGAACAUAAUUACUUUGUUAGUAUCUCAGAACUGAUUGGUGAAAGAGAUGUGGAGCUGAAAAAAUUACGAGAGAGACAAGGUAUUGAAAUGGAAAAAGUGAUGCAGGAAUUGGGAAAGUCACUGACAGAUCAAGAUGUAAAUUCACUGGCUGCUCAGCAUUUUGAAUCUCAGCAAGACCUGGAAAAUAAAUGGUCGAAUGAAUUAAAACAAUCAACUGCCAUCCAAAAACAAGAGUAUCAAGAAUGGGUAAUAAAACUUCACCAAGACCUAAAAAACCCCAACAACAGCUCCCUUAGUGAGGAAAUUAAAGUUCAACCAAGUCAGUUCAGAGAAUCUGUAGAAGCAAUUGGAAGAAUUUAUGAGGAACAGAGAAAGUUAGAAGAAAGUUUUACCAUUCACUUAGGAGCCCAGUUGAAGACCAUGCAUAAUUUGAGAUUGCUGAGAGCAGAUAUGCUGGACUUCUGUAAGCAUAAAAGAAAUCAUCGAAGUGGUGUGAAACUUCAUCGGCUCCAAACAGCACUGUCGCUUUAUUCUACAUCUCUCUGUGGCCUGGUUUUACUAGUGGAUAAUCGAAUUAAUUCAUAUAGUGGUAUUAAAAGAGAUUUUGCCACAGUUUGCCAAGAAUGCACUGACUUCCAUUUUCCCCGAAUUGAAGAACAAUUAGAAGUUGUUCAACAGGUGGUCCUUUAUGCUAGAACCCAGCGGAGGAGUAAGUUGAAAGAAUCACUUGAUUCUGGAAACCAAAAUGGAGGAAAUGAUGAUAAGACUAAGAAUGCUGAGAGGAACUAUUUAAAUGUUUUACCUGGAGAAUUUUAUAUCACACGGCAUUCUAAUCUCUCAGAAAUCCACGUUGCUUUCCAUCUUUGUGUGGAUGACCACGUGAAAUCGGGAAACAUCACUGCUCGUGAUCCUGCCAUUAUGGGACUCCGAAAUAUACUCAAGGUUUGCUGUACCCAUGACAUCACAACAAUAAGCAUUCCUCUCUUGCUGGUACAUGAUAUGUCAGAGGAAAUGACUAUACCCUGGUGCUUAAGGAGAGCGGAACUUGUGUUCAAGUGUGUCAAAGGUUUUAUGAUGGAAAUGGCUUCAUGGGAUGGAGGAAUUUCUAGGACAGUGCAAUUUCUAGUACCACAGAGUAUUUCUGAAGAAAUGUUUUAUCAACUUAGUAACAUGCUUCCCCAGAUCUUCCGAGUAUCAUCAACACUCACUCUGACAUCCAAGCACUAAACCCUUAGAGAUUGACAUGCUGGCAGAAGAUGAUGGUUAAACUCUCCAGAAACUUGGGCUGUGUUGGGAUUCUGUCAAGCAAAAGAUUUCCAGAAAGAGAACCUGCAAUUAAGCCACAAAUCAAGAUAUAUAUCUGUUAAAGCAUUCCAAAAAUUUAUAGACUGCACAAACUAGUGAUCAACCACUAACUUUAAACAUUUUUUUUUUCCUGAGAUGGAGUUUUGCUCU